CUAACAUUGUACGCACACUGAUCUGACAGUACAGAAUCGCAACCAUGUCAAUCGACCUCGCAACCCUCACGAAUAUCCCCAUCAGUUACGCGUCGUGCUCCAUUGGCAACUCCUCCACUCCUCUCCCCGAGAAACUUGACGCCCUCUCCAAAGCCGGCUUCAAAGGCAUCGAGCUCUCCUUUCCCGAUAUUCUCUCCUUCGGCAAGCUACACCUAGGUCAUGAGGUCAAGCCCGACAGCUACAAUGAGCUCGAGAAGGUUGCUGCGGAGAUAAAGGACAUGUGCAAGGAGCGGAACCUCAAGAUCAUGUUGCUACAACCCUUCGCCAAUUACGAGGGAUGGCCGCAAGAUUCCGAGGGGCAUAAAGACGCCCUAGAACGGGCGGCAGGAUGGAUCAGAAUCAUGCAGGCUUGUGGGUGCGAUACUCUGCAGGUCGGCUCCACAGAUACUCCCAUCGAGAAGCUCGACAAGAGCCGCAUCAUCCCCGAUCUCUGCCACCUCGCCGACCUCCUCGCCGCCCACAACUUCCGCCUCGCAUACGAGAACUGGUGUUGGUCCUCCCACGCGCCUAACUGGCGCGACUGCUGGGAGAUAGUGGAAGCCGUAGACCGUCCCAACAUCGGCCUAUGCCUCGACACUUUCCAGACUGCUGGGGGCGAGUGGGCAGACCCAACAACGUCCUCGGGCAUCAUCGAGUCCGUACCCCGCGAAGAGCUCGAGGGGAAGUUCCACAAGAGCAUGAUGGAUCUGGGCAACACAAUACCGAAAAACAAGAUAUACUUGCUGCAAAUCUCGGACGCGUAUAAGGUGCCCCGCCCUCUCGAUUCCUCGCCAGAUGAGAGCGGAUUAAGGCCCAGGGGGCGCUGGAGCCAUGACUUUAGACCGCUCCCGUAUAAUGGCGGCUACCUACCCAUUGUGGAGGUGGCAAAGGGGGUCCUGAGAACAGGAUUCAGAGGUUGGUUCUCGUAUGAGGUAUUUGAUGGUGGGCCGGAGGGGAAGGAUAUGGAGCGGGAGUGGGAUUUGGCAUCAUAUGCGCAGACGGCGAGAAAUGUACAGGACAGAUUGAUAAUGGAGUGUGGGGGAAAAAAAUUGUAAGACUAACAUCCCUUCGAAAGCAGUCCUGUAAAGGUAUUUGAAAUAAGAACAACUGCGUCUGGUCGUCAUAUCCGCCUUCACAUGCGCUUUACAACGUCGCAAUUAGGGAAGGGGACAACGCUGCCGAUCCUGCUCUCGAUCGUACCCCAGUUGCAUGAAAUACAACGCAAGAUUUCCUUUACAUGUUUUCUGACGAGUAGUAUCCUAACAUAGGUCCUAAGCGUCCAGCACAUGGUAACCAGUUCACGAGGCUCAGUCGGAAUAGUAAUAGUCGUAGUCGCAGUCGUGGAUGAUGUCCCUACAGCUAGUCGGACCGUCAUCGUACCAAUCAUCGUACCCAUCAUCGUACCCAUCAGACC